CAGAAUGGAGAACACCACGACGCUAACGUUCACCAUGACGGCCUACGCAACCCUGGAGAACCACAAGCACCUUUUCUUUAUUCUUUUCUUCUUGCUUUAUGUCGCUGCUAUGUUCCUAAACAUACUCUUUGUCACUGUCAUCCACCGAAACAAACAGCUGCACCAGCCCAUGAAUGUGUUUGCAUGUAUGUUAUGUUUCAAUGAGAUCUACGGCUGCACCAUGUUAUUGAUUCCAGUUAUGGGCAUACUCAUGUCCAAGACACAUGAGAUCAGUGUCAAGUGGUGCAUUGCUCAAGUCUACUUCCUGCACACGUACGCAACUGCUGAGUUUUCCAUCCUGGCGCUUAUGGCUUACGACCGCUUUGUUGCCAUCUUUUCCCCUCUACACUAUCACACCUACAUGAGCCCUUCCAAAGUCAUCAAACUGAUUGCAGUCGCGGGCCUCUAUCCAAUAGGUGCAUUUACAUGUUUUUUCAGUCUCACUCUGCAGCUGAGUUUUUGUGGGCAAGUCAUCGCAAAACUGUAUUGUGUGAACAUGGAACUGGUCAAAAACGCGUGUACAAUUCCAUCCUUUAUAAGUCCUGUGGGGCUUGCGCUUAUAGCUGUGAUGGACGGCCCUCAGCUGAUCCUGAUCGUUUACUCCUAUGUGCAAAUAUUAAGAGUUACUCAGAAAUUAUCGAAAGAUUCUCAAGUUAGUGCUCUGAAAACUUGCUUGCCGCAUUUAUGUUCCUUUUUCAAUUUUACCGUAGCCGGUUUUUUUGAAAUUGUCCAGAAUCGGUUCGAUAUGAGUCAUGUGGCCAUUGAGGUGCGGAUCUUCUUGUCCAUGUAUUUUGCAGUCGUUGCACCGGUCACCAACCCGCUGAUUUAUGGACUGGGAAAGUCUCUUGUUCGAAUCCAUAUUAUAAAGCUAUGUGUUAAAUACAAGACCCUACCAUCAAAGAUGCCUAAGAGGGUCAUUAUAAUCGGGACUUGUACUUCCAACAGGUAA